AUGUCCGAAAGUAUCGGUCCAACGCGGACUUUAAAACGCAAAAAUGUCAAAGGUCUCGCACUUAGUGCACCCCCUCGCAUUGUAGCACCCUCAGAUGGUGAUUCUCAACAACCAGGCGGUAAUGGAGGUGAAAAUAACCGGCAAACUUCACAGUUAGAGAUUGGUAUUGAAUACAAGCUCGAUUUGAAGCGGGAAGACUUAGAAGUUUUGAAAGAUCUUGGCCAUGGAAACGGUGGAACUGUCAGUAAAGUUAGGCAUAUGGCAACCGGAACAGUCAUGGCACGAAAGAUAAUUCAUGUCGAAGCAAACAAAGAGAUGAGACGCCGAAUUGUUCGAGAACUUCAAAUUAUGCAUGAGACAAAUUCUGAAUAUAUUGUCACAUUCUACGGAGCCUUUCUUAGUGAGACUAACGAUGUAAUAAUGUGUAUGGAGUACAUGGAUGUCGGCGCACUAGAUCGUGUAUCCCGGAAAUUUGGUCCUGUUCGUGUCGAUGUUCUAGGAAAAAUCGCAGAGGCUACGCUGGGUGGACUCACAUAUCUCUACACAAAACACCAUAUUAUGCAUAGGGACAUUAAACCCUCUAAUAUCUUAAUAAACUCUAAAGGCCAAAUCAAGUUAUGUGAUUUUGGGGUUUCAGGAGAAUUAGUGAAUUCCGUCGCAGACACAUUUGUUGGAACCUCCACAUACAUGGCACCCGAAAGGAUUCAGGGUCAGAAAUAUACAGUCAAAUCUGAUGUAUGGAGUUUUGGUUUAUCAAUAAUGGAGCUCGCUAUUGGCAAAUUUCCUUUUGAUACCAGUGAGCAACUAUCCGACGAUGAAGGAGCACCAGCAGGAAUUCUGGACCUUUUACAGCAGAUUGUUUACGAACCAGCACCAAGACUCCCCAAAAGCGAAGCAUUCCCUCAAAUCUUGGAGGAUAUGAUACAGAAAUGCAUGGCCAAAGAACCGCAAGAACGACCAACUCCACAAGAACUUUAUGAACGAGAACCUUUUGUACAGGCAGCUAAAAGAACACCAGUUAACUUAAAGGAAUGGGCUGUUGGGCUCAUGGAGAAAGAUAAUCGAAAAUCCCACUUAGGUCCUCAACUAUCUCCUUCGACCCAACAACUUCUGCGAUCAUGCGAUUCACCGACUGCUAUGCGUUUGAACUCUCCAAAUCACGCUCUACCAACUCCUACAUCUGGCGAUAUUCCAAUCGGGGGGGAUGUUCGAUCGGCGGCCACUUCACCCACACAGGAAGAUUCAACCAACCAUUCGAGAAUAUCCACCAAGCUUAGUAGCUCACAGAGUCGUAGCCACUCUGGUAGUAGCAGCCAAAACUCCAGGCAUGGCUCAAACAACUCGGCCACCCUUGCCAUACCCGAUCGCCAGAGUAAUAUUCCCAACGGGAAAGGAGUUGUUUUUACAUCUACCAAACUACCAAUAAGACCUGCUCCAUCAGGUCCAUUGCCACCACCUCCAGUGCCCAGAAAAGAAGGCACAGAGUCCGACCUAAGAAACUUGAACAGAAGGCAGGCAACUUUUGGAAACAACGGCUAUGGGUCAGGAUUUUGA